GAAACGAACCAAUAUUUCCGUUGCAAAAAAAACGUAAACUCUGUGAAAUAAAAGAAGCUAAUCCAAGUUUAAACAACGUAGAGCUUGCGAGAAAAUAUAACAUUGGAAAAGCGACGGUGACAGAUAUCUUAAGGGAAAAAAUACGCUGGCUCUCUGCUACAGCAGAGCAAGAUAAUUUGAAGAAAAUUUGCGGACCUAAAUGGCCAAAACUUGAACAAGCGCUUAGUCUUUGGGUGGAUAACGCGCUUAAUGCCCAACAAGACAUUACGGGCAAUAUUUUAAAAGAUAAAGCAAACUAUUUUGCAGCCAAAUUAAAGCAAGGCGAAGCAGCGAGUGCACCAUUUUUUGAGCAAUUAGAAAAUGAGCGAUUUUAUUUGCAGCCCUCCUUAGCGCCUAUAGUCCCGAAGAUAUUUGGAACGGAAGAAUCUUCGAUCCACAGAUCACCCCGAAAAAAGAAGCAUGUUUCCUAUGUUGAUGUGGAUGAAGAGGAGGAAUCCGAGACAGUGGGGAGAGUAAGCAGCACUUCUUCAAAAUCAGUAGAAUCUCAACCACCCAGGACUCCACCACAAGCUCCCCGGGAUUUGAGUCCGCUGAUGAAUACGCCAAACAAAAGGCCACGAGAAAACGAAGUUCAGCAGUACUCUGAAGAUAUGUACGUGAUAUGUGCAUUUAAUAAGACAAUUUCGGAGUUAACUUUGGAAAUUGGCAUGGACCUUGCCAAUCAGUUAUCUUCUGUACGCGAUAUUAACCCUGAAGUGUGGACACCCGAUUUAGAAAAUUACAUUGACAACGUCCUAGGGAAAUCUGGAGAAGAUUUCAAAACUGCUGCCUUAGUUAAAGUUCCCAAUGAGAUUUUCCGGAUAUAUUGUGAGAAAGUUCUGGUUGAUUU